CGCUGAGGUCAGGUUGUUAUUGUCAUUUAAAAUGAAGAAUUAAAUUAAAGUUAAAUAAAAAUGAACAAGUCUUAAUUUAAAGAAAAAAUGCAUUCUAAUUACAUGGUUGAUGAAAAAUGCAAAGGCAAAAAGAAAAUGAAAUCUCAAAAAAGAUCUGCACAUCUUCUAAAUACAAUAAAGUUGCCUAAUAUAAUAAAUACUAAAAUUGAACCGCUUUUUAAAUUUCCUGACGAUUUAUUGGAAGAUGUGCCAUUAAGAAAAAAAUUAAAACUAAAAAAUAAUGAAUCUGAGCUUUCAAAGAAAAAGGAGAAAAAAUGUUUAUUGAAAUAUUCAUACACAGAGGAACGAUUGAAAAAGGAACAAUUUCGAAGACAACUGAUUGAACUAAUUGUGAAACCAGAACUUUCUGAAACUGAGAGAUUGAACAGUAGAGAUAAAUAUAUUAAUAGAUACUAUUAUUAUAUUCAGAAUGGAAUCAAUACCAUUCACGUUACUACAUUUGAAGCUAAAAUCGUAGAUAAUAUUAUGAUUUUGAUUUCACCACAAUUUCGUAAUCGAUUUAAUGAAUCUCUAAACAAUUUAUUAAAGGAAGUUGAGGAUGAAUUCAUUGUUUCAAUGAAAAAAUCAAUUGUAGAAUUUGCAUUUAAAGAUCCAUUUGAAAAUGAAUUUCCACAGGAAACUCUGACAAAGGAAAGAAUAGAAAUUAAAAAUUUAUUAUUUAAAAAUAGAAAAUUUUUUGUGUCUAGUCAGAUAAAAAUGAGUAAAAAUUUACAUUUGAUAAAUCCAUGCAUGAGACAGACUCUCGAUGAAUGGUUUCAUAAUUAUCGAAACUUUCGCUUGAUUGAUCUCGAGAAAAUAAAACAACAUACUGAAAGUUGGAAUUUGAUGGAUUUUCAAAAUGUAGUCGUCCAUCAAAUCAAACGCUCUAGGAAAAAUCUUUUAAACACCUGGUUCAAUGGAGUGCAGAAUAUUUUUCUUGAGCCUUUUGUAAAUCGAAGUUUUAAAUUGAACAUAAUCGUGAGAGAAAAAGAACCUUUAUUUGAGCCAUUAACUAAGAACUUUGAAGAUGUAUUUUGCAGUAUCUUGAAUGCUAUUUGUGAAGCAGUUACAGGCUUUGACAGACUAGAAUCUCAGUUGUACCUUGAUUGGAAUGGCCCUCCGGCUUUUCUUAAGCCACAAGUUUCAUGGAAAGUAGUCGAGACUUAUAAAAAGGAAAUCGCUUUUACAAUUGAUGAAAAGAAAGUCGAGCCCGAGGAAUAUCUCAAUAAAAUUCGCAGUUUCAUUGAGACUGUGACAAAUAAUGUGAAAUCUUUUAAAAUUGCAAUUGUUAAUCAAUUAGUAACUCAAUAUCAGACCGUUGCAAAUAGGUAA